AUGCGAGAACUUUUUCUACCCUUUGGUGUUUGGUGAGGGGCCUUCCCGCCCAGAUGAAUGUCAGGGUCCCCACCAGCACCCAGGUCCACCUUGAGCACCACUCGGAUGCCUGGCAUUGACAUGCAAUCGCUGCUCUCCUGCAGGGACCCACAAAGAGUUAAUGCCUCUGGGGCCCAGCCAAGGAAGAUUCCAGUUCCUGCCCAGGCCCAAGAUAGUUGCUGGCCCGCUCCCCUGGCUGGCCAGGCUGGAGAGGAGGAGGGGCACACCAUCCGCCUGCUUGGGAUUCCUGAGUGUAUCCCAAAUGGUGAGGGGAGGGUGCCGUUGGGUGUGGACAGAAAUCGGGUGAAACAAGUCCAGGACAAGUCACUGGACAGGUCAGACGUGUUUAUAUUUCUCUUUUCUUAGCUCAGUGAGUACUGGGUAUGUGUCACACUGCCAAAUCCCCGAUCACAAGUCUCCAUGAACAGGGCGGUGAGCUGGGAUAAUAAAACCCCUGACAUCAUCAUUCCAGAAGCUUCACAAGGCUGAGUAUAUAAGGGGCUGGCUGUAGCUGCAGCUGAAGGAGCUGACCAGCCAGCUGACCCCUGACACUCACCAGCCACCAUGGACAUCGCCAUCCACCACCCCUGGAUCCGCCGCCCCUUCUUUCCUUUCCACUCCCCCAGCCGCCUCUUUGACCAGUUCUUCGGAGAGCACCUGCUGGAGUCUGAUCUCUUCCCAACUUCUACUUCCCUGAGCCCCUUCUACCUGCGGCCACCGUCAUUCCUGCGGGCACCCAGCUGGAUUGACACUGGGCUCUCAGAGAUGCGUCUGGAGAAAGACAGAUUCUCUGUCAACCUGGACGUGAAGCACUUCUCCCCAGAAGAACUCAAGGUCAAGGUGCUGGGAGAUGUGAUUGAGGUGCAUGGCAAACACGAAGAGCGCCAGGAUGAACACGGUUUCGUUUCCCGGGAGUUCCACAGGAAAUACCGGAUCCCAGCGGAUGUGGACCCUCUCGCCAUUACCUCAUCCCUGUCAUCUGAUGGGGUCCUCAGUGUGAAUGGACCAAGGAAACAGGCCUCUGGCCCUGAGCGCACCAUUCCCAUCACUCGUGAAGCGAAGCCUGCUGUCACUGCGGCCCCCAAGAAGUAGAUGCCCUCUCUCUAAUUGCAUUUUUUAAAACAAGAAAGUGUCCCCACCGGUGAAUAAAACUCUUGUGACUAGUGCUGAAGCUUAUUAAUGUGAAGGGCAGGCCCAAAUUAUUAAGCUAAUAAAAUGUCAUUCAGCAACAGAUAACUGCCUUGUGCUUGAA